UCUGAAAUGGAAGGAUCUCCGGGAACUUCCAUGCAUGGAGUCACCGGAAGAGAGCCUGUGCUUGCUUUCUCUGUUGCUUCUCCGAUGGUCCCCACCGACAAGACGGCGCAUUUCGAUUUGCCGGUGGAUUCAGAGCACAAGGCCAAGAAGUUCAAGCUAUUCUCCUUGGCCAAUCCACACAUGAGGACUUUCCAUCUUUCAUGGAUCUCCUUCUUCACCUGUUUCGUCUCCACCUUCGCCGCCGCCCCACUUGUUCCGAUCAUCAGAGACAACCUCAACCUCACCAAGGGAGAUAUCGGAAACGCUGGAGUCGCCUCCGUCUCCGGCAGUAUUUUUUCCAGGCUGGUGAUGGGCGCCGUCUGCGAUCUGCUGGGCCCCAGGUACGGUUGCGCGUUCCUGGUCAUGAUGACUGCUCCGACAGUCUUCUGCAUGUCAUUUGUCUCUUCCGCCGGCGGCUACGUGGCGGUCCGUUUCAUGAUCGGAUUCUCUCUUGCAACGUUCGUUUCUUGCCAGUACUGGAUGAGCACCAUGUUCAACAGUCAGAUCAUCGGUCUUGUCAACGGAACCGCCGCAGGAUGGGGGAACAUGGGAGGUGGCGCCACCCAGCUACUGAUGCCGCUGCUUUUCGAGAUAAUCAAGAGCGCCGGAGCGACGCCGUUCACCGCCUGGAGAAUAGCAUUCUUCAUACCAGGGUGGCUCCACAUAAUAAUGGGUCUUUUGGUCUUAACACUUGGUCAAGAUUUGCCUGAUGGAAAUCUAAGUACCCUCCAAAAGAAGGGAGAAGUUGCUAAAGAUAAAUUCGGCAAGGUGUUGUGGUAUGCUGUGACAAACUAUAGGACAUGGAUUUUUGUUCUGUUAUAUGGUUACUCCAUGGGCGUUGAACUCUCAACCGAUAACGUCAUCGCCGAAUACUUUUACGAUAGAUUUGACCUAAAGCUACACACAGCCGGAGUGAUAGCGGCAACAUUCGGCAUGGCGAAUCUGUUGGCCCGUCCGUUCGGUGGAUUCGCUUCCGAUUAUAUGGCUCGACAUUUUGGAAUGAGGGGAAGGCUUUGGACUCUUUGGACUCUUCAAACAAUGGGUGGUGUUUUCUGCAUUCUUCUAGGAAGAGCUACUUCACUUCCGGUUGCCAUAGCACACAUGAUCAUCUUCUCCAUCGGAGCUCAGGCUGCUUGUGGGGCUACCUUCGGUGUCGUCCCUUUUAUUUCACGGCGGUCUUUGGGAAUUAUCUCAGGUUUGACCGGCGCCGGAGGAAACUUCGGAUCCGGGUUGACCCAGUUGUUGUUCUUCACAAACGCGAAACACAGCACAGGAACAGGGCUGAGUUAUAUGGGGAUAAUGAUAGUGGCGUGCACACUUCCGGUGGCGGCGAUCCACUUCCCGCAGUGGGGGAGCAUGUUCUUCCCGCCGUCAAAGGGGGUGGUUGAAGAACAUUACUACAUCAAAGAGUAUACUGAGGAUGAGAGGGAGAAGAAUAUGCACCUCGGCAAUAUCAAGUUCGCCGAGAACAGCCGAUCUGAACGCGGCGGCAACCGUGUGGUUUCGGAGGCCACACCACCACAUGCUUGAAUAUUGUUUUAAUUUAUUGUAUGUUUGAGUUUGAAUGUUUGCAUUUGAUUGUUGUUUUUUUUUUUUAAGAACGUGAUGUCAUUCUGUUAUGACACAUGGUUUCUCUACGUCUGUUUUUGUGGUCAAUGUCGACAACUUUGAUGUUUGGAGUUUUCCAAAGACUUGGAAUGUAACUCAUUCAUGACAAUGAUCAUUUAUUC